AUGUCUCACGUGGUAUUGAGCGAGGUCAACAAGCUGUCGAUGUUGCUCGCCUUGAAAAACGGACGAUAUUUAAGUAUGGGUUUCCGUUCGUGGGAUCUGUACGAGUAUCCCCUGUUGCAGAACACGACCAAGCACUCAUGGGCCAUUAAGACCGCGACUCAGCUCGAGAAACCGCGAUACGUCGUCUUCGCUCUGCAAACGGGUCGGAAGAACGUCAUGUCCGUGGACACGAGCCGAUUCGACGACUGCAAAUUGACCAACGUGAAACUCUACCUAAAUUUGGAAAUCUAUCCGUACGACGAUUUGAAUUUGGACUUUGGUAAACACAGAUGGGCGAUUCUGUACGAUAUGUACGCGCGUUUCUGCAAGGACUAUUACGGAUACGAAUAUCUCGAGCCGAACCUCACCGUUUCGACUUUUCAACGUAACGGCCCGUUCGUGAUCAUCGAUUGCUCUCGACAAAACAAAUCCGUCAAAAACGUCACCGUGGAUGUCAGACUAGAAUUCGAUUGCAUGGAGAACGUACCGCCGAAUACCUCCGCGUACUGUCUCGUCAUACACGAUCGCGUGAUCGAGUACAAUCCGUUGACCAACGUGGUGCGCAAAAUAGUCUGA